CCCAGCAGGCUGUGACUUUCUACUAAAAACCUUUCAAACUUUUGACAAAUCCAAUUGCCAAACAGUCUUCAACAGAAACGGUUCCUUUCUUCUUUAAAUUUCAACCAAGAAAAUGUCUUCGGAUACUGCCAUUGAAGUACCUAUCCAGCCUUAUGCUGGCCAGCUGCUCAUCAUCAAGGAUCUGGUUCAACCCAAGCCAACGGAGGCUGGGACACGGGUUUCCUUCUUCGAGCGCAGUGUAAUAACCAAGAAGCUACUCAAGCAACUGGCCCUAGUGGAGGGCGGCAAGAAUGAAAAGAUCAGCAUGCUUGGCUACGAACCUGUAGUGGAUGGUGUCCUGGAUGCUUUAGAGGCCUACAUGAAGCUCGUUGUCCAAAAGGUCGUCGAAUUGUGUGAGCAUCGCUGUGGCUAUAAACUAUAUAUGAGCAAUCGUUUUGUGAUAAAAAACGAUGUGCGCACCACAAUGACCUUCCUCCAUGAUCUGGAAUUGGCGGACUAUGGUUCGUCGGACGAUGAUGAAGGCUUCUAUCGCAAUGUAGCCGAACUGGAUGAUCGCAAGGAGCGCAGGAAUCGCAAGGAACGGAAGGAGCCCAAGCAGCAGCACAGGGAGUCCAAGCCACAGAAGAAUCCACAUGAGGAGAAGGCCAACAUUCGUGGUCUCAAAGCCUCGGCAGAUAGCAUAGCCAUGUUGGCCUUUGGUUCCCGAAAGCGUCCGGCGGCAGAGGCUUCUAAAACCAACACUACAGCCGCUGGUGCCGCUGCCACUUCAAAUGGUUCCAAUGCCCAAAAGGUGGUACCACCGGUGGUGCCGCGUUUUAAGCAUGUGACCAUCAAGGAUGUGUUGCAGUUUAUGGAGGAGGACAAGCGCUACUAUCGCUCCAAUAUGCUACACGAAGCCUAUAUGAAGUAUACAACUUAGGAAGGGGUUUUAAUAAAAAGGAAAACCUAUUUCUAAAGCUGAAUAUAAGCUAUAUGAUA